AUGAGAUAUUCAGAGGAGGAGGAUGGGGAGGAUGAUGCCAACGACAACGACAGCGGUGACAACGACGGCGAUGAUGAGCGCAAAAGAGAUAGAAUCAGGCGUCUUAGGUUAUCUCCUUUGCAGAAGAUAACCGCAGCAUUUAGGAUGCUAACUUAUGGAGUAGCAGCAGAUGCUACUGAUGAUUAUAUUCGGAUUGCAGAAAGUACUGCUGUAGAGAGUCUUAAAAGGUUUGUGAAAGCUAUUGUUGAAAUCUUCGGUGAUGAGUACCUGAGAUCCCCAAAUGAUAAUGAUACAGCUAGAUUACUUGCAAUUAGAGAGCAAAAGGGUUUUCCCGGAUCUCACAAUGGUAUUAAUGUUCUGCACCGUUCUCAUCUAUUUGCAAAUCUAGCUGAAGGGCACGCUCUAGAAGUGAACUACACCAUUAAUGGUCAUAAUUAUACAAUGGGGUAUUACCUUGCAGAUGGCAUAUAUCCUCAAUGGGCCACAUUUGUUAAGCCAAUACCAUCUCCACAAGGAAAUAAGAGGAAAUAUUUUACGAAAGUACAAGCAGCGGUGAGGAAGGAGGUGGAACGAGCAUUUGGAGUUCUGCAAUCUCGUUUUGCCAUUGUUCGUGGGCCAGCAAGAUUUUGGGAUCAAGACACACUAGGACAAAUCAUGACAGCUUGUAUCAUCAUGCAUAAUAUGAUCAUUGAAGAUGAGCAAGAUGCAGAAGGUGACCACCAUUUCGAUGGGAUGGGAGAAGUUGUGACAGCUUCCCAUCGUCCUACGGCUGAACUGCAAGCGUUUCUUCGAACUCAUCUAGCCAUUACUAACAAGGAAACUCACUCACAGCUUCGUGAUGAUCUAGUCGAGCACCUGUGGGAAAAAUAUGGAGGGGUGUAG